AUGGACACCGGCCGCAUGCAGCCCAUCAAGAUGGCUCGGAUCACCAAGGUUCUGGGCCGGACCAGUUCUCAGGGCCAGUGCACCCAGGUGCGCGUCGAGUUCAUGGAAGACAUGAGCCGCUCCAUCAUCCGCAACGUGAAAGGCCCCGUGCAGGAGGGACACGUGCUCACCCUACUCGAGUCGGGACGAGAGGCAGGGAGGCAGUGA